AUGGACAAUGACCGCCGGCCACGGCAUACUCCCUCAGGUUACGCGAGCCAGCAAGGCACGCUCCUUCCACCACAGACAUCGUAUCCAGUGGUAAGCGCUCCCGAUCGCUUCAGGCAGCCGCCCUUGACAGCGCCUGCCCCGCCUACCUCUCUCCCCCCGUCUGGCAGUCGCGCCAGCGCGCAGGGUUACGGUUACGCUUACGGUGAAGGCGCACAGUUUGGCUCGUCGAUUCAGCCCUCGAAUGUAUCCUAUGGCGCGCAAGACUAUGCCGCCGACCAGCAACAGCAGGCGCAGCGUACGCCCCAACAAUACUCGCCCUAUGGCCAGAACAUCAUGUACAGCGUCCCUAGUGGCCAGGCCUCGGCGACGGCCUCGUCGCAGUAUGAGCCUGUGGAACAGUACCAGCAAAACAGGGACUCGGCUAUCCAGGUGCUAAGCACCGGCUUUGGCGUUGCACAGCCGCAGUACUAUGAAGGCGGGCCCACGAGCGCGCCCGCCUCUGCCAUUGCCUCGCAGAGCGUCCCCUCGCAGUAUCCCUCUCUCGCAUAUUCAGCCUCGCAGACGCAGGUCGGACGAGAAGCCCUCGCGCCUCCCUACAGCGCGGCUGGCAUGACGGAACCUCACCAGGCGCCCUCGCAGGCGGGCUACUCGCAGGGUAGCUACAGCGAGACGCAGGCCAACAGCGGAAACGACUACGACGACUUUUACCGAACCUACCAAAGCGAGCUCAAGAAGACGUUUGAGCAUGUGCGUGACGGCCGGCUCAGCGAGGCAGGCGCCAUGCUCUUCAGAAUGUCCGACUGGCUGUUGCAUUUUGCCGAAACACUGGCAGGUCUAGUGCGCGACGACGAGACAUACUACCAACAGCGUCUGCAGCUGUGGGAAGAGUUCAACACGUGCUGGCUCUCGACACUGCAGAAGCAGAAGACGAUGACGCAGGACAUGAUUAGCACAGGUCAGCGCCCGCCGAGCCCCAAGUCGCUGAUCGACUACGACUUUCUGGAGAAGAUGGGCACGCAGCUGGUCAAGAACUGUGACAGCAUGGAAAAGCACGGCUUGGUCGACUACCAGAUGGGCGUGUGGGAAGAGGAAAUUGUAGCAAUGUUGACGUGUUGCAUGGACCUCCUCGAGGAAGUAGGCGCGGGCUCGUCGGCAGCGCGACCGACGUCUACAGCACGGCGGCGAUGA